GAAGAUUUUUGACUACAUACAAGUACCCCUACUCAAGGCAUUUGACAUUUAAUAAACUUAUCAGUAGUUUUAAAAUUGUUGAUGGGUAAGAGAUAAAACUACUUCCUGACUUUUCCAGAGUCUUCACUGGCCCAUAAAACACUGUACCUAACUAAAGAUCACUAAGGGUUAAAAACUUGCUCUCUAGCCCCUGCUGCACCCAUCCUGCCAAGACAGCCUCCAAGCUUUUAAAUACUGUUGCAGUGCUCUACAUUCUUACUUCCAGGGAAAAAAGAGGUUUGUUCCACAGCUAUCAGGUCAGUCACUCCUCACUCAGUCACCUUGCAUCUGUUGCAAUGAAGACGGUGCCCUCUACACUUUUCCUGCUACUCUUCGUGCCUCUGACACAGCAAAUACCACAGCCGCAGCUGGACCCACAUGUUAACUAUGAGUAUGCAGCAGACAAUUCUGAAGAAACCAAAUUUAGCCAGGAUUACAAAGAUAAGUACCUGGAUGGGCUAAGUAUUAAGGAAAAAGAAACUAUGAUAAUUUCUGAUGAGAAAAGUCUUCAGUUACAAAAAGAUGAAGUUAUACCAUCAUUACCCACCAAAAAAGAAAAUGAUGAAAUGCCCACAUGCCUGUUGUGUGUGUGUUUAAGUGGCUCUGUCUACUGUGAAGAAGUUGACAUUGAUGCUGUACCACCAUUGCCAAAAGAAUCAGCUUAUCUUUAUGCACGAUUCAACAAAAUUAAAAAGCUGACUGCCAAGGAUUUUGCAGACAUGCCUAACUUAAGAAGACUUGAUUUUACGGGAAAUUUAAUAGAAGACAUAGAAGAUAGUACUUUUUCAAAACUUUCUCUGUUAGAAGAACUUACACUUGCUGAAAACCAACUACUAAGACUCCCAGCUCUUCCUCCGAAGCUUACUUUACUUAAUGUCAAAUACAACAAAAUCAAGAGUAAAGGAAUUAAAGCAAACACAUUCAAAAAAUUGAAUAAACUCUCUUUUCUCUAUUUGGACCAUAACGAUCUGGAAUCUGUGCCUCCUAAUUUACCAGAAAGUCUACGUGUUAUUCACCUUCAGUUUAACAGCAUAUCUUCAAUUACAGAUGAUACAUUCUGCAAAGCUAACGACACCCGUUACAUUCGGGAACGAAUUGAAGAGAUUCGCCUGGAGGGCAACCCAAUUGCUCUGGGAAAACACCCAAACAGUUUUAUCUGCUUAAAAAGAUUACCUAUAGGGUCAUACUUUUAACCACUAUCAAUGCAGUUUAUAAUCUAAGGUACAUGUGCCUAAUGUCUAAAGGAACAUAAACAUUAGUUUAACAUUAUCAUUUUAUCUCACUAUGAUGGAAUUUUAUGUUUAAACAAAGAUGUCCAAAAUUCUUAUAUGUGAUUACAAAAAUAAUCCAGUCUAAAUCUCUUAGUUCAAAACAAAAUAAUGUGAAACUAAACAGCAUUAAGAAUCUCCUUGUUGUUAGACCAGACGCGAUCUAAAUAGCAUGCUUUUCUACAAACACUUGCUUGAGAUACACCAUUCCUAUGACUAAUGAAGUAAGAGAAUUCCAAGAAACUUUCAACUGUUUGCCUUUCUUAACAUUUACUGUAUCUCAAAAGCAUUUAAGACAGAUGUUCCAGAACCUGAGCAAAGCCAAGUUCCCAGUGACCUUCCCCUGACUGUAUGAAUCACCACAUUCUCUGUGAAGCAGAAAAGUACUUUCUGUCAAGGCAGCUACACUUCACUGUAUUUCUCACGUAGCCUAAGGAAAGGGGGGACACAUGCAGGCAAACAUUUCUAGAGAAAGUAAAAUUUUACUCUUUGGUACAGAGCCAAUUUAGAAAAGUUCAAUUUUCUGCUAUGGUCAAAUGGAUCGUCUUUAGUCAAUUAUUUUUUAAAAAAAACUUUGUAAGAUAAAAAGUAAAAAUCCUACCCAUUUCUCAAAUAAUAAUAAGGUUCCUUCACUUUAAAGAUUCUUAAAUGAAAUAAUUGUAAACUUUUCACAGUAUAGGAAUUUGUUUACAUAUCCAGUCUGUUAGUCUAUGUCUUUUUAUUGGGGAAUUGAGUCAAUUGAUGUUAAGAGAUAUUAAGGAAUAGUGAUUGUUAAAGUCUAUUCCGUUGUGCUGUGUGCAGCCUUACCUGAACGUGUUCACCCGAACAAACUGAAUAUUCCCAUUCCAGCCCAAGAGCACCGGUUCUCAAUGGCCAUAACUGCCAGAUACAGGUAAUAGUGAGGACCCAGUCCCUAGUACAAUAGUGACAACUGAGCAAGGAACAUUAAAGUUCCAAAAUUAAGCUUCAGAGGAAGGUACAUAGCCCACUCACAAAUAUUAGCCUUUGGAGUUGAAUACAAAAUGAUCAGUGUUUUAGAAAUAUUCAUCUUUUAUACAUAAAAGUGUCAAUCUCAUCUCUAUUAAAAGUUAUACAUUAGACUCUUGAUAUUCUUCCUAGAACAUUCAUUUUCGGCAUUUGGUUGUUUUGUUCCAACCCAGACUGACCUCUCUCUCAUCUGUUAAGACUGACCCCAGAUAAAACUUUUAUUAAAGCUUCCGUGAUCUGUAAGGCCAUGACUAUUACUCUGAUAAUGUCAACUAGUUCAUUCAUUUUUAUAAGUUAAUUAUAAUAACAUUAUCCCAUUGUAUCAUUCUGUGUGCAUGCCUCAUUUUGUCUGUGACUGAACGCUCACCAAGAGCACUGAACACAGUUCUAAUUUUAUGAUACUUAAUAGCAUAUUUGAGUUAAAUAUACAAUAAACAUUGUAAAAUCUAUCCAAAUAGAAGGGCUCUGUUUAUAUGGAAAAACAAAUUAGUAUAAUUGAAUAAAUCAACAGAAAUAAAGCAAUAAGACUGAGAAUGGACAAUGUUCUGGUAGGCCUAUUAUUUUCUUCCUUUCAUAAGAAAAAUGUACUCAUCUACACAUGUAUAAAAACAUACAUGGUUUGGAAUUUUUGAAGUGUAUGUUGUUCUGAGGACUGAGCACAGUGCCUUGUGCAUGCU